UUCCAUGCAUUUCUCAACAAUUAUAUAAAGAUAUGGACCUAUGCUAGUUGCCGGAGGAGGAAGAGGAGGAGAUAUUAACAACAUCCAGAGCGAGGCUCGCCUGAUUCCUUCCUAAUUCAAUGAUGCCGACGGCGACGGGGAAGAGCAACCGGGGGAGAGGUACAGAGGAGGAGAAGAGCAACCGGGGGAAAGGGAAGUUCUCGCAGAAGCGUGCUUCGUCGUUUCACGGGGCGAGUUCUGCAAACAUGGCCGCCGGCGCCGGAGAUCAGAUGAUUCGGCCCAGGACGGUUCCGGAUCUGCUUUCUGGGAUCAGAGAUCAUCAGAAGAAAGGUGCAGCCUCUAAUGAUCAACUACGACUGUUGCCCAAAUUGACCAAGUUGCUGCUCCACGUCACGAUUCAGGGGAGUCUUGGCCCGGUGCAGGUGCUCAUACCGCCGGAAUCCACGGUUGGAGAUCUAAUUGCUGCCACGGUACGGCAAUAUGUGAAGGAAGGGAGGCGGCCGUUCUUGACUUCUCUUGAUGCCUCCGCAUUUGACCUCCAUUAUUCACAGUUCAGUUUAGAAAGUUUGGAUAGAGAUGAGAAGCUAAUAGCUCUGGGAUCCAGGAACUUCUUUCUUUGCAUGAAGAGAUCCGCCGCCUCCUCCGUCGAAGACGGCGGCAGCAGUGCGGCGGCGGCGGCGGUGGUGAGUUCAUCAAGGUGUUCGGAAGAAGCCGGAAAACCUGCGAAGAACAAUAUUCCUCCAUGGCUCAAGUUCAUGGAUUUUCUUAUUUAUCAUAAGGGGGUUUAAGUUUAAUAAAGAUUAUUUUGUAAAUAACUUAAAAUUUGCCGGUAGAAGAAGAAGAAGAACAAUUUAUUUUUUAUUUUCUUUUAAAGUAUAGAAUAUUAUCAAAUCUCUCCAGAUCUCCAAUUUCAACAUAGGGGAGAUACGGUGGAACUAUAAUUUAUCAAUUUCUAUUUCUAUGAAACUUAUUUUAUGUAUAUUGUGGUGUAACAAAGAGAGUAUAUAGUGUUAUAAGAUAGUUUUUUUCAUCUUA